AGCAUCGUGAAACCCUCGUCGAUUCCAGUGUCCGUUACAUCGACGAAACCCGCCGAACAUACUCCUAUACCUACAUUGUCCUCAUCCUCGCCGCGUCUAUCGCCCCGUAUGGCACCUCAAACAACAACAGGGGCUGGGCCCGGUUCGCAGCUUCUACCACCACCAAAUCUAUCACCACCACAACCGGGGUCUCUGCGACAACGGCAUACACUGCAGGUUCCAAAGGGGUCACAAGGAAGUAGAACUUCAACGGCGACAAGUGGUUCCGAAGUGGUCGCGAGUGGUCGGUUCUCACCGACGUCGUCGUCGACGACGCCACGGCGCCACUCCAUAUCUAUGGGCCGACGGCCGACGCGUUCGAUACAUUCAGAUAACCACAUGGAAGAAGUGCCUCCGGAUGAGGAUGCUGCGAGGUGGACGGAGGCUAUCAAGGCGAAGAGGGCGGUUAAGAAACGGAAGGAAGAGGAGAUUGAUGACGAUAAGGUGGUGGUGGGCACCAAAGUCGAUCACAACCACGCCAACUGGGUCACCGCCUACAACAUGCUUACUGGAAUUCGCUUCUGUGUGUCCCGGAUCAAUGCAAAGAUGGAUCGGCCCUUGACGGAUGCCGACUUUGAUGCGAAGCACAAGUUUUCGUUUGACAUUACCGGCAAUGAGCUCACACCUUCGGCAAAAUACGAUUUCAAGUUUAAGGACUAUUCGCCCUGGGUGUUUCGACAUUUGCGGACAAAGUUCGGAUUGGAUCCGGCCGACUACCUGAUGUCGUUGACGAGCAAGUACAUCUUGUCGGAGCUGGGGUCGCCUGGAAAGAGUGGCAGUUUCUUCUAUUUUUCGAGGGACUACAAGUACAUCAUCAAGACCAUUCACCAUGGCGAGCACCGUUUUCUGAGGCACAUAUUGCGAGAUUACUACAAGCACAUUGAGGACAACCCCAACACACUGAUCUCGCAGUUCUAUGGCCUCCACCGCGUCAAGACCCCGUUCGGCAGGAAGAUUCACUUUGUGGUCAUGAACAACCUGUUCCCACCGCACCGCGAUAUCCACCAGACUUUCGAUCUAAAGGGGUCAACUAUCGGUCGCGAUUACAAGGAAGACAACCUCAGCGAGAACCCGCGGGCCACACUGAAGGAUCUGAACUGGCUGCGGAGGGAUAUGCACCUUCACUUUGGCCCACACAAGAAGAAUCUGUUCAUACAACAGGUGGAACGGGAUGUGGCUCUGCUCCAGAGGCUGGAGAUUAUGGAUUACUCGCUGCUGUUGGGAAUUCACGAUCUGACACGAGGGAAUCGCGACGACAUUCGGAAUAGUGCGCUGAAAGUGUUCCAACCUGGGGGUACCGAAAGCGACGACAUACACGGCCAUGCGCUGCAGCGGACGCCGAGUAAGAUGGAGAAGGCACGGCAAGCGAGGGAGCUGAGGCGGGUCAUCAACAACGAGGUUCCGAUAUCAUUGGAUCGUAGUGUUGCGAACAGAUUACCGGAAGAGUUCUUAGAACAAAAGAAUACCAUCUUCUACGGUGACGAUGGGGGGUUCCGGGCUACUCAUGAGACCGAUGAGCCUGGCGAAGUGAUCUAUUAUCUAGGGAUAAUAGAUUGCUUGACUCACUACGGCUUCAUCAAACGUCUGGAACAUUUCUGGCGAGGUCUCUCGCAUCCUAAAGACCAGGUGUCCGCGAUCCCACCGCACGGUUACGGCGAACGGUUCCGCACCUUCAUCACGAGCAUCGUCAAAUCGCCCGAAGAAGCGGCAAGGGACAAGGAGACACGAAACCAAGGCACAGGAGUGUCUGACGCGGCCGUAGCCGGCGAGGCCGAGCGGACCGAUCGAACAGCCCGAGGCGAAGAUCAACUUCCCAACCGAACCAUCGCCGCCGUACGAUCUCCCAGCGCCGAGCGCACCGGUGGUGCCACAGGAACUAUCCUGCCCGUCGUCGAGGAGGCGGGCGAGGGCAGUAGUCGCAACGGUAGUGCCCGCAGC